AUGACCAUUCUGGCUCUACUGUUCCUCCUGCUCACGCUGCUUUGCUGUCUGUACCUCUGCGCACGAUGCCGUUGCUUCGGAGCAAGAGGCAUCAGCGAAGGCAGUGCAAGCGGCCGAGAAACACUCGGUUCCGACUACUAUACCAUUCCUCGUGCUAAACUGAAGCCAGGCGCCCAUGCGGCCAUGACAAUACUGCCGUUCUUGGCGCAUAUGGACGAUGGAGCUUCGGUCUCGUCGGACGGCUCUCUGGAAGAGAUCGAACGAAGAGUCACCACAGAUGUCACCACCCGCGAGAUUCGUACUACGACCACGGUGUUGCACGAUCCGUUCGAGACGGACACCGAGCAGUACGCGGUGACAUCGGCAGACCACUUCCGUCAGGCGUCAUCGGCCAGCGCAGCUGCUGGAGCCACAGCGGCGUCUCUUCAUGGCAGCUCCGGCCUCAUCACUUCUGGAGUUCAAGGAGCUUCGAUGGGUGGACAUAUGAGACAGAAGGAGCGUACGAUUCGGAGUCUGACGCGGAUUCCGAUGCCGGUCGUGCCACGUACGAUCGAGUGA